AUGUCAAGUGGCCAUGGUGGAUUCCGAGUAGGUUCAGGGCGGAAGCGGAAAAUAUCAGACGAAUCUGCAGAGACUGAGGAUGGAGCACAACAACGUCGUCGUCUUGUUACAACAUUAUCAGGCCCAAUCAUGGUCAACCAACCCAAGACGAAUUCACAACCACGCCAAAUUCACCCUUUCUUUUCUAAGGUGGCUAGUUCUGGUUCUUCAUCAGCUGCUACAUCUGGGUUACCUUCUGGCACCUCUCAAAUAUCUCCAGUUAGCAUAGAUCUUAUGGCCACUGCAUCUCCAGCAGCUCCUUUGAACAGCUUCAUAUCUGCUGAGAGUCUCUCCACCCUUCAUGCAGAGUUUGCAUCUAUUCCUGAUCUUGUGACUGGUACUACUCCUAUUGUGGAGAGCAUACUUGAUCUAGAAAAUGAGAAUGACAUUGAGGAUGAUGAUUCUGAUGAUUCCUCUUCUGGGGAUAACAUAUCUGGGAAUACUACGUCUAAAGAAAAUGCUUCUGAUUCAUCUCUUUCAGGAGAUUCUGGAAAUAUAUCAAUUCAGUUCUUGAAGACAGUACUUGCAAACUUGAAAGCUGAGAUUGAGACAAUUAAUAAGCCUAAAAUAUAUUCUGAUGGGACUUUCUGGCACCGUCCUCGAGAUCCAGUCUUUGCUUUGGCCAUGUCUAAUCAGGAAGGAAAUUUGAAUCCUAGAGAAUUAUAUCACCUGGAUGUCUUUGUUUGGAUUCUAGGUCUUAAAAAUAGACUUCCAGGAGAGCCUACUCAAAUUUUGUGUCCAACUGCUCUUUGUUCAGGCAAACUUGUUCGGCAUGGCUACAAUACUAAGCCAAUUGCUCGCCGAGUUCGGGGUCUUCACAGAGAUUAUUUCCUAUUAACAAAUCGGCUUCGCUGUGAAGACUGCAAGAAGUCAUUCCAAGCAACUGAUCCCAAAAUCUUAGAACAGCUGUCUCGUGGCUUAAAGGAAUCCUUUCCAGCCUUUUUGACAAGCAGAGCUGCAAUUGACAAAUCCUUAAUGUCUGUAAUGCGGGCAUGCUUUGCAACACGUUUUGGGCCAGAGCCAUUCUCUGCAAUGCUCUCAGAAAUGCGUCAUAUUGAUCAUUCACAACGUGAAUUGAUGUAUCUGUCAGCUGUAAAAUCAAUGGAGAUGCCAAUUCAAGAGGGAUUUUCUAAGUUUGAUGAUAAGCUGCGAUAUGCUGGUUCAUGUCCAUCAACUGGCUACUGCAAAGGGGUCUUUGUUGACUGGAUGCGAGCACAUUGUCCAUAUUUUGACAGAAAAAUUGCUGCUCUUCCUGCAUCUGUUUUGAAGGGGGAUCACACUUUCAAGGUCAUCAAACUCUUAGCCCGCAUGGGAGGUGUACCUACUCAUGCAGCAUUAUACACUCUGGUCAAUGAAUUUGAAGAUUGUCGAGGUCAGGCAUUAACCUUGACAAAAAGUCUUUCAUAUGUUGAAGAAUGCUUUACUGGUAUUUCUGAAAGCCUACAAAAGCAUGGGCAUAAAGAGACAGGCCUUAUGUUUACUGACAAUGCUCGAGCUGAAAGAAAUUUCCAUGAGUCAUGCACUCCAUCCUUGAAAAAGGGUGUUGUUCAUGUGAAGCCAAAUCCCUACUCUCACUUUCCACCUUCAAAAAUUCCAGCUGAUGUUUCUGUGAACUAUAUUUCGGCUGCAGAUCUCAUUGAUGAAGCUUGUCAUCAGAUCAUCAAAAGAGCUCAAUCUGACCCUCAGUCAUUUCUAAUUGCUGGAAUUAGUAUCAGAUAUGAUGUUGAGCCUGAUGGAUAUGGUGGACUUGUCCCCAAGCUGCAGAGUCAUACUACAGUGAACACAAUUCAAUUAGCUGUACACAAGGAAGUCUAUGUUUUUCAGGUCACAGAACUUCAGGAGAAAGCAAGUGCCCCUCCAAAUUUACUGUCGUUGCUUUCAUCAACCCACAUUAUCAAGGUUGGGUACUCUAUCCAAGAAACUCUUCUAUGUUUGGCAAAUCUAUGGUCCAUUGAUGAUUUAAAAUCCCAACUGAAAGCUGGGUCAAAGACUCCACAGAUUCUGGACUUGGGAGUAUUGGCUAAAGCAAAAGGUGUUGUUUCAGAUGCAAAGGCAUCCUUCAUUACUUUGACUGGCUUGAUUCUUGGGCAAUCAAUUAAUCAAUCAAAUUCUCUUGCACUAAGUGAUUGGUCUGCAAUAACACUGAGUAAAGAGCAGAUUGAUUCUUCUGCACUUGAUGCCUUCAAUGUAUUUUCAAUGUGGCAAAAGUUAGCAGUACAAAAGUCUGUGGGUCUUCCUGUAUAUGAACCCAUUCCUGGCAUACUUGUCAGUAUUCGAGGAGGUAGAACACAAAUUGUUGCUCGAGGUCAGAUCCCAGAGCAACCAUCCUCAAAGAAUGCUCUCUUGAGAUAUAACAAAGAAAUGAAACUCAUAAAUAUCACCCCUACCAGAGUCUUGGUUCAGGUUGAUGAAGUAAUUAUCCCAGGAUAUGAACCAGCAAAUCACAAACUUGCACUUGGGGAGAUGGGGAACCCUCCAUUCCUUAUCGUUAUGCCAAAGUCAAUGGUUGUCACAAGAAAUUCAACUCCACCUAAGCAGCCAGAAGUCCCUUCUGAUUCUUUGAUGCUCCCUGAUGAUAUUUCCACAUAUUCACCUCCAACUAUUCAGAAACCAUCAGAUUUGAUGGGCAGUAAUGAUAUUGGAGAAGAUGAGGAGGAAGAGGAUGAAGAGGAAGAGGAUGAAGAGGAAGAGGAAGAUGGUCAGGAUAACAAUUCUGGAAAUGCUUUUGAACAUCCCAAAGAGAUGGAAGGCCAAGUUUCCAUCAGAGAUGAUACUAUUUCUACUGUAGAGGAGGCAACAUUUAAUAAUGAUGAUAGUGAGGAUAUCUAUGCAGAUGCAGAGUUUGAUAAAUUCCUUGCAGAUGCAGAUAUCAGUCAGUUGGAAUCAGAUCCUGUCACCAUAGCAGUACAAUCUGCUCCAAGUGCCUCAAGUGCAGCUCUUGAACAACCAUCUCAUGAAAGUCCAAAAACACUUGCAAGCCGUGUUCUGGAAGACAUAUGGCAUGUGAAGGACCGCUUGCUCAGGCUCUUACCACAGUCUCAUUCAGCUUUUAAAAAGUUCAGAGUAGCCUUUGGAGAAGCCAUAUUUGUUUUUGAUAAGAAUGAUCAGGCUCAAAUUAAAGCAUUUCUUGAAAGAAAUGGUCAAACAUGGGAUCAGGCUCUCAAAAGAAAUCCAGGGAAAAUUUAUAGAAGAUGUCGGAGAUACAUCCCUCCUCCAGAUAUUCUAACUCCAGUUCUUAGAACAUUGUUUGAGUGUUGGAAAGAUGUUCCUUGUGCCCUUGAUCCAUCAAAUGGGAAACUGUUCUCAGCUGCUGCAUGGCGUCAAGCUCAAAAUACACUAAAAUCUGCAGAAGAUGGCCUGAUGUCUGACCCCCCAGGAAUUCCACUCUAUUAUGAUAUGGGUGUAGAUAAAGAUGGAUUACACUGUUAUCGUACUGUUCGGGGGACAAAUUCUGUUGAAGGAAAUAUUCAUAUGCCACUUCGAAGAAUGUUUGGAUCACUUCAUGCUUCUCCUGAGCUCUCAGAUGCACUUCUAUGCAACAGUCGUGAUAGAAGGAAUACUACGGUUGGUCAUUACAACCGUACUGGUAAAAAAUGGAGUGGUCAUCAUGAUACAUACAGGUCUGAUGAAAUUGUGGAACUUGCAGCUGAUGUGGGAAUUUCACCAUCUUUUCCAAUCCCUGAAAUUUUGUCAACUUGCAUUGCUACAAAGGAAUCUUUUGGAAUUAUUCCAGUUCCAGAAAAAAUUGCUGAAGAACUCGGUUUUGAAAGAAGGGAAGAACCUACUUAUGAAGUAAAUGAUAAAGGAAACCUUCUUCAUCGAGGAAUGCCUGUUAACACACUUACACGGUUGUCAACAAAACCAUCACCUCCUCAUGAUUAUCUAGCAGAGCGCCAAAUGACUGCCCAUGCAGUGGUUCCAAUUCACACAACUGGUGAAUUUAAGUUGUUCAAUGACUUGAUGAGGUCUGAGAGAUUUUACAAGAAAGAUCGAAGAAGGGUUGCAGCAAAGGUUUCACAAUCUGUGGACUUCACUGCCUUUGCAAAGGAAUGGACAGUUCAUGUUCAUCUUGCUGCUGCUGAGAAUCGGGAUAAGAACAAUAAAAUCUACUAUAAGCUUCCAGAACAACUUGAGAAACACCAUCAAGCAUGGGUAAAAACUCGAGGAGAGAAUGCAACACUCUCAAAUACAGAAAAAAUGAGAGAGAAGUUUACAAAAAUUGUAACAAGUAUAAGCCGACAAGCUAUAGUUCUUCCAGCUAUUGAAUUCCCAAAGAAAAACUUGGCAGCUCGAAAGGACAAGGGAAAAGAAAAGGAAAGCACAAUACAAAGUGGUUCAAACAAGGGAAAGGAGAAAGAAAGUUCAAUGCAAAUUAAUGAACAGCAAGCAGAAAGUAAUGUUCCUGAUCUGGUUCAAACAAUAUCUCAGUCAAUGGAGUACAUGAUGGUUGACAUUGAUGAAGAUCCAGAAGAAUCUUUCUUCCAAGAUGCUCCACUCCAUCUGGCUCUCCAACCACCAGAUUCUACUCCAAAAUUUGUGCUGGGAUCCUCCUCCACAUCUUCAACUUCACAGAUCAAAAUUAAUUCAUCAAAACAACGUCAAAAGAAGACAUGUGCUGCUUGCAGAGAUGCAGGGUGCAAGCAAAGGGAUAGUUGCAAAGGAUCUGGAAACAGAAAAUGGUGCACCUGUGUAAUGACAGGUGUACAUGGAGAAUCAAAGAGAUAA